UCCCGCCAAAUCUAAAAAAUGGAAAAAGAAAAAAAAAGAAUCAAAACAUUAGAAAAUCAAAAUACAUAUCAAAAUAAGCAGCGGCUUGAAGAAGAUGGAUUCCAAGAAAGCAGGGGCCUCAUUGGACUCAUUGAUCUCAGCCUUUAAUGCUCGAAUUGCAGAGCUUCAAGAGCUCGUCAUUGCACGAAACAUGUACCCAGCCAGCACCGUCACCGACUUGACAGCAGUCGACGCUGCUUUGAAGGCCAUGGAGUUUCAGGUGCAGAACAUUAAGGCCCGGGUGCGCGACGAAACCCUAGCUAUACCCAAAGCUAAAAAAUUGAUUGAUGCCUCGCUGAAGCAGCAGAAGAAGUUGCAGAGUAUGUCUGGUUUUGUUCCCUCACAUUCACAUAUUCCUGAAAGAACGUCAAAUAUGAAUCUGGACAGUAAUAUACGGUUGCAGUCAGAAUACUCUAAACUGGAUGCUUAUUUUGGUUCCUUGAAGCUUGAAGAAGAGCCUCCAGCUCCAGCCAAGGAGAAAAAGGGUCGUUCCCCUCCACCAUUGUGGUUUAUAACAGACGAUGAGCUCGAUUCCUUAUCCUCAUAUAUGAAAGGAAGGCUUACUCUUGAUAAGGUCAAUGCAGCAAUCAGUGACAUGGCAUCAUAUGCUGAGGCCAAUGCUCAGAUUAUAGCUGCUCCAAAAAAGAAGUUGGCAGAGAAUCUUUGGGAAAAAGCCUUGGAACUAAGAGAUAUUGCAACUACAGAAGCAGUAAAGGGAAAACACUUCUUUCUUGAAAGUGACAUAAAAGGACCAGCACUGAAGCUUGACAACACUGGAAAAGCUAUUAUAACUGUUCUUCGCCAUCUUGGUCGUAUAAGUGAGACGCGUAUUGGGCAUAACCGUGUGAUGAUUCUCUUGAAGCCCCACUGAUGAGGCAUGUUUUAUUUGAAUGUUAUCAUUUUAGCUUGGAAAAAAAUUGGAAGGUUUUGUCCGGCAUAUAUGUUUAUGGCAUAUUAGGCUAGUAGUCAAGGGGAAGCGAAAGUGAUGGUUAAAAAUUUAUUUGGAAGUUUUCCAUAAUGAAAUCAUACCCAUGUGAUCAAAGUGUCAUCAAACGAUGACUUUACGUGCAUGCAUGGUCCACUGAGAAAUGAAAUUGCCAAACUUAUAUCCUUUGUAGACAUGAAAGAUAAAACAGUCAAUUUUAUUUUUACGAGUACCAUUGAUCUGUGAGUAUCCUUUCAAAAUAAUAAUGAUAAUAAAAAAGAUCUGCGAGUAUCCAUUGAAAUC